AUGGGCUCGCCGAUUUCGGGGUUCAUCGCCGAGGCGGUGCUACAGCGGUUGGAGUCGCUGGUCUUCCAACACCACAGACCGAAAUUCUGGGCUCGGUAUGUGGACGAUACCUUCGUCGUCAUCGAACGGGAUCAGGUGCUAACGUUCAAAGAACGUCUCAACAGCGUCUUCCCGGACAUACAAUUCACGAUGGAGGAGGAAGAGAAUAACCAGCUGGCAUUCCUUGAUGUCCUCGUCUGUCGCAAAGAUUGGGGUGGCCUAAAGACCAAAGUGUUCAGAAAAGCAACGAACACGACGCAAAUUCUGAACUUCAACAGUAACCACCCAAUCUGCCACAAACGCAGUUGCGUAAGAACGCUACUUCGGCGUGUUGAGACGCACUGCAGUGAACCGGAAGACAAGGUUGCUGAAUCCCAAUAUCUUCGACGGGUUUUCCGAGAAAAUGGUUACCCGCGCAACUUCGUCAACCAGUGCCUGCGCAAACGAGACGAGCGACAAAAUCGCGCCGACCCCAAAUUCUGGCGAGCGAUCCCGUACAUUAAGAAAGUCUCCGAGGCCGUUAGCCGCCUUCUUGCACCACUUGGGGUUGGAGUAGCGCACAGACCGGAGGCCACCAUGAGGCGUCAAGUGAUGAGACCAAAAGACCCACUGCCACGGCAAGAAACAUCUGGAGUCGUUUACCGGAUCUGCUGCAGUUGCGGACAAAGCAACUACGUCGGAGAAACUGGAAGACUGCUCCCGACGCGAAUUGCCGAACACGUGGCAGCUGUACGGAGAAAUGACGCCAACUCUCAGGUCGCGGCCCAUUCGACGAGACCCGGCCACACAUUCAAGUUCGAUGAGGCCGAAAUUCUCGCGAGAGGGGAUAAUCGCGUGAGCCGCGAGUUGCUUGAGUCAUGGUUCACGGGACUUCAGUCUAUCAACAAGUGCAACGACAUCCCCACUCCAUAUUCUGUCCUGAGGCAUAGACUGGCCAAAGCACUUGACCACUAG